CGUUCAAGUCUUUAUAUCGUUGCGUUCACUAUUUACCGGAGCAAGGAACGGUCGUAUGUAUGGACAGACGGACAUAUGUAAAGCCUUAUAAAUGACUUUCACCCCUGAAUAACAUUACCUUUUGUCAACUAGAGUUUGGGUCCUUCUUCAUUUAUAUUUAGUUCACGUAUUGUCACACACAUAUGUGCAUAAGGAAAUAGAAACAAUAAAGGCAGAAUAUAUACAAGUAAACCUCCCAUGCUCAGGAAGACUACCUGAUAAAAUGUAAAGCUAAAAUAGUGUGAACAUAGAACCCAGAUAAUCAGAAGUUUUCACAGAAACUGGAAAAUUUAUUCAUGUUCAAACAAUUCUACUAAAUUUUGAAAAUUCAAAACAAGAUAAAACGGAAUUUAGAUACAAUCCGAAGAAAUUAGUUAGACAAUGGAUUGCACCACGAUUAAUUCCGACAUUGGCGACGGCCCCAGCGCAUUCCAAACUCCACCCGAAAAUUCAAUAGCAACGGUAGAAAAAAAUUUCAAAGUGGGUGGAACCUCCAAUGGCGGUAACGCAAUACGGAUGGGUCAAGAACGUCGUCUAAAAGAAUUGUUCAAAGUUGCGAGUUUAAGAAACUACGUUCUAGCAGAUUUUGCAGAUAUGAGAAAAUUACAGGCUCUGGAACCACCCAAUUCAAAACAGGAACAUAUCAGGAAAGCUGUGGGAAGAUUGUCGUCAUUAUCACUACAAAAAUUUGCACGUACAGAGUUACAAAAGUAUUACAAUGUCCAAGACGCGUAUCAGAUUUGUUCCCAUCUUGUUCACUUUUCAUGUUUGAAAAAAUAUGGAAAACAGAAAUUGGAAAGAUCACCAGAGCUGCAUCUCCCGGCGUGCAUGAAAAACCCGUCCCACCCAAGUUUUGCCUUGGGUGAAUUUGAUUUUGGUGCAAUUUGAACUGGAUUUAUUUUAAAAUUGGGCAAUUUCAUAUUAUCAAAAUAUACGAAAAGCGUUAUCUUAACACUGGAUUUUUAAGAGUGUACAUACAUUUUAGAAAUAGAAGUAAAGUAUCUACACUCUUAGAAAUGUUAGAAAGUACAUAUUUAUCAGAGAAUUAGAUGGAGUUAGUAAUUAUAUUUGACAUCAAGAAAUUGUAUUCAUGUUUAUUUCUGAAUUAAAUAAAUAACUAAAUAUGUCACAGACAA